AUGUCCAGUGCGCCUCUCAACGGCGUCAAGCUCAACCCGCUCGAUGACCCCAACAAGGUCAUCAAGGUGGUCGCCUCCGACGGCCGCACCGGAGAGCAGAAGGAAAUCGCCUACACCAACUGCAAGGUCGUCGGCAACGGCAGCUUCGGCGUCGUCUUCCAGGCCAGGCUUGUCACCGGCGGAAACGGAAACCUAGUUGAAGGUGCGGGGGCCUCUCAAGAUCAGGGCGCCGCCGCCGGCACCAGCAAGGAACAGCAGGAGGACGUCGCCAUCAAGAAGGUGCUGCAGGACAAGCGGUUCAAGAACCGCGAGCUGCAAAUCAUGCGCAUCGUUAGGCACCCCAACGUCUGCGAUCUCAGAGCUUUCUUCUACUCAAAUGGCGACAAGAAGGACGAGGUCUUCCUCAACUUGGUCCUCGAGUACGUGCCCGAGACCGUCUACCGCGCCUCGAGACACUACGCCAAGCUCAAGCAGACGAUGCCGAUGCUGCUGAUCAAGCUGUACAUGUACCAGCUCCUGCGCAGCUUGGCCUACAUCCACUCCAUCGGGAUCUGCCACCGCGACAUCAAGCCCCAGAACCUGCUGCUCAACCCCACCACUGGCAUCCUCAAGCUGUGCGACUUUGGCUCGGCAAAGAUCCUCGUCGCUGGCGAGCCAAACGUCAGCUACAUCUGCUCGAGGUACUACCGGGCGCCCGAGCUCAUCUUUGGUGCGACAAACUACACGACCAACAUCGACAUCUGGUCGACUGGGUGCGUCAUGGCCGAGCUCAUGCAGGGUCAGCCGCUCUUCCCCGGAGAGAGCGGCAUCGACCAGCUCGUCGAGAUCAUCAAGGUGCUCGGCACGCCCUCGCGCGAGCAGAUCAAGACCAUGAACCCCAACUACAUGGAGCACAAGUUCCCGCAGAUCCGGCCGCAUCCGUUCAGCAAGGUCUUCCGACCGCGCACGCCUCCGGACGCCAUCGACCUCAUUUCGAGGCUGCUCGAAUACACGCCGAGCGCGCGGCUCACGGCCGUCGAGGCAUUGUGCCACCCCUUCUUCGACGAGCUGCGGACCGGCGAGAUCCGCAUGCCCAACGGGCGCGAGGUGCCCGCGCUCUUCAACUGGACCAAGGAGGAGCUCUCGGUGCGACCGGACCUUAUCCCUCGUCUCGUACCGCAGCACGCCGAGGCCGAGCUGCUCUCGCGAGGCAUCGACGUCCACAACUUCCAGCCGCUAUCGCCGGAAUCGCUGCGAGUCUCGCUGGACUAG